CUAUGGCUUUUCUUUGUCCUAAACUAUAAAGCAGCAUCUCAUCAGCCUAAUUUGACGGGAUUACUAUAUAAAAUAUAAGUAUAAACGGUAUAUUAAAUAUAGAGAUGGUUGAUAAAAUUGAUAUGGCUUUGGACGACAUCAUUAAAGCUGGUAAAAAAGGAGGAAGAGGCGGAGGUGCUGGAAGAAAAAUGGAUACUAAAAGAUCAAAUCGUGGUGGAGGAGGUGGCUUUCGUGGCAACCGUUCGGGUGGCAAUUUGCGAGGCAGAAAUCGUGGUGGGGUGUCCAAACCAACUAAUUAUUCAAGGGGUGAUGUAAACAGUACGUGGAAACAUGACAUGUUCAAUGAAUUCAGUUCCAUGAAAAUUCAGCGAGGUGCACCUAUAUCAACUGGACCCAGCAAACUGCUCGUUUCCAAUUUAGAUUUUGCAGUUUCAGACUCGGAUAUCCAGGAAUUGUUUUCAGAGUUUGGAAUUUUAAAAAGUGCUGCAGUGCACUAUGAUAGAUCUGGCAGAUCUUUAGGUACAGCUGAUGUAGUCUUUGAACGUAGAGCAGAUGCAUUAAAAGCAAUGAAGCAGUACAAUGGUGUUCCACUUGAUGGUCGAGCAAUGAACAUUCAACUAGCAACAUCUGAAAUAAGCUCAUUAAGAGCGGAACCUAGAAACAAACCAAUAGUAGGAAGAGCAUUUAGAAGACAUUCUGGGAACAAAGAGGGCAAUGAUCGCAAAUUAAAUGUUCGUGGGGGUGGUGGAAAGCGUGGUGGAAGAGGAGGUGGAAUAAGAGGAAAGCGGCCAGUACCAACUGCUGAACAACUUGAUGCAGAGUUAGAUGCAUACGUAAAAGAAAUCAAGUGAUACCUGCAUAAUUAGUAAUAAAAUGACCAUAUUGUGAAUAAAUACAUCACUACAA